AUGAGCGGCAUCGAGAAGCUCGGCUCCUGUGGCGGUAGGAGACGUAGUUCUCUCAUCGAAGACAACAUUGGUGACGUGGCAGUUGAGUCUGACGUCCAGGGGGUACAGCUUGUUGCCAUCGUCGUCGACAGCAUCACGGACGGCGAUGCCGAACUCGCGAGAGGCCGGAGGAUCUUCUUCAUCCUUAGAUCAAUCCGGGAAGACUGCGAGACUAUCGUCAUUGGUGCUGUCAAGCGGUUCCAGAGUAGUGCAGGGUAA